CCUUUCCUCCCGAAAAAAUGGAGUCGAUCUAAGUUUCCGAUCCUCCCCCUUCUUCUCAUUCUCGUCCUCGUGAUUCCAUCACCCAUCGCGUUCGUUCGUCCCAGCGUGCAGGGUCCUUCAAAUUAUUAUGAGCCGACGAAUUUGAAGGACCCUUAUCUGCUGGUCAUACCGUUGUUUCCUUGUUCUUGGAUUUGGCAGACACUUUUGUAUGAAAAUUCAUUUUUCCACCCGAGCUAUUCGGCUGCAGAUCGCGUUUUUUAUCUGCAUUUUUUGUUCUGUUUCGUCGUCUAGUUUUGGAGGGCAUUCUUUUAGCUGGGGGUCUCGAAUCGGCAUUGAGAGAUGAGUUGCUUCCCGUGUUUCCAGUCCCAGAAGAGUAAGAAGGACCACGAUGCUUCACCUCAAGGUAAAUCAGAGCCGCUCGAUGGCAAGAAACAAAGGCCUGGAGGUGACGCCCAAGCAAAGAGUGACGAAAACAUCGAUCAUGGGACUAUCAAAUCGCAAAAUUUUACUUUCCGUGAGCUAGCCACUGCCACGAAGAAUUUCCGUCAGGAAUGCCUUUUGGGCGAGGGUGGGUUCGGAAGAGUAUAUCGAGGGACCCUCCCGGGAAGCGGACAGGUGGUGGCAGUCAAGCAACUCGACAGGAACGGUUUGCAAGGAAACAAGGAGUUCCUCGUCGAGGUUUUAAUGUUGAGCCUCCUUCACCAUGAUAAUCUCGUGAAUCUCAUCGGUUACUGUGCCGAUGGAGAUCAGAGGCUCCUGGUGUAUGAGUACAUGCCUGGGGGGUCGGUUGAAGAUCAUCUUCUGGAUAUUGGACCGGAUGAAAAGCCAUUAGACUGGAAUACCAGAAUGAAAAUAGCUUAUGGUGCGGCACAAGGUCUGGAGUAUUUGCACGACAAAGCCGAUCCCCCUGUCAUAUACCGCGACUUAAAAUCUUCCAACAUCUUGCUGGAUGAGAACUUCAAUCCUAAACUGUCUGACUUUGGAUUGGCGAAGCUCGGACCUGCUGGAGAUAAGUUCCAUGUCUCGUCUAGAGUGAUGGGGACGUACGGUUACUGCGCCCCCGAAUACACGAGAACCGGUGACCUAACACUGAAAUCCGAUGUGUACAGUUUUGGAGUCGUAAUGUUGGAACUCAUCACCGGACGAAGAGCAAUCGACACCACGAAACCUAUCGAUGAGCAAAACCUUGUUGCCUGGGCUCAACCCAAAUUCCGGGAUCCUAAGUUGUUCCCAGAUAUGGCAGAUCCGCGCCUCCACAAAAGAUUCCCGGAAAAGGCUUUGAAUCAAGCGGUUGCUGUCGCAGCAAUGUGUCUGCAAGAGGAAGCUUCGGUCCGUCCACUAAUGAGCGACGUUGUCACGACUCUCAGCUUCCUCCUAGCAAUGCCAUAUGAUCCCCCACCUCUUCCAGAUCCAAUCCCGCCUGCUCAUGAAGCGACUGGGAUGAGUGACGGGCAUUCCGAUCAUGGGGAUUCGCCGUCAGAAGACACAGGAGAUUCGGAAGACAAGGAGAGCGAAAGCUCGAACAGUGAGAGCUCCGAAAGUGAGAAAGAAGUCUCUGAAGGAAAGGGCCUGCUAGUUUCGAGCAAGAGCAGCGCGUCGCUCAACAGCAGCGUCUCUUCCUCGAAGCACAAGAAGGCCAGCAGCAGGAGGCUGUCCCAUAAGGAAAGUGUCGCCUCCUCGGCCCACAAGAACAUCCAUACCAAUAGCGUGAGCCUGUCUGAGGAAGGCAGCAUCUCCUCCUCCUCCUCAAGCCACGGGAGCAUCUCCUCAGGCCACUCGAACAUCAAGAGAUCCCACGGCGGGUCCAUAUCCUCCUCCAGCCGCAAAAGCAGUCGUGGGAAGUAUGACCGGAGCCUCUCCCGGGCCCACAGCAAGGCCUCUUCACGGAGCAGAAGCAGCAGCCACAGGGGCUCAUCCCGGAAGGUAAUUGAUGUCUUUUGAGUCAAAACACCACUAGAGAAUCUGAUCUGGAGGAGCAGGAGGAACGUGUUUCUGUCGGUUCGAUCAGGAGCAGCAGCAGCAGCGAAUCCCAUCACGACGAGGAGCACGUCCACAUCGACUCGUGAUUAUGAGAGAACUUCAAAUCUGUCUCCUCCUGACCAUGAACUGAUUCUUAUAACGUACAUGUAGAAAUCGACUUUUUCGUUUAUAAGGGUUAUUCCAAUCAAAGCACAAUCCAAAUUCGUAACAUGAUCGGAAUCGAGAGCUUUUUGCUUCUUUGAAAA